AUGCCUGCCGCUUACGAAAACUUGCGACCUAGGGGGGAUGGGAGAAAUAAUCGCCAGAAUAUGGCCGAAUUGAAGCUCAGACGAUUGAAUGAGCUCAAUGCGCGAUUGAAGGAAGACCUAGAAAGGCCGAGAGUAAAAGUUACUGAGGCUUCAAUGUCCCUCAUCAACUACUGCAACAACACGCGAGAUUUUAUGGUACCAUCAGUGUGGGGCCAGGUUGAGAAACGAGAAGAUCCCUACACGCCUCAACAAUCCGCUGGCUGCUGUAUAAUAAUGUAG